CUAUCCCUGUUCGGGCUAUUGACGUGGCAUGUGCAACGAAAUUUCGACCACGUCCGCCAUUUUGACAGGUUUGAAAAAUAUCAAAAGCUAUUUGAACCAAUAAGUCUUUGUUAAGAAUUGUUAUUGCAGUUUCAAGGGACCAACUGACGUCUGUUACUCGUGUGAAGUUUUUUACAGUAAGAUAUAUUACCGAGUGAGCAGUGAAAGAAAAAGCCAGUAUGGGGGGAAUUGCUUCGCUUUUUAGGGGUUUGUUUGGAAAAAAGGAGAUGAGAAUAUUGAUGGUGGGUUUGGAUGCUGCUGGUAAAACUACCAUUUUGUACAAGCUGAAACUAGGAGAAAUUGUUACUACUAUUCCAACCAUUGGCUUCAAUGUAGAAACAGUAGAAUACAAGAACAUCAGUUUUACAGUAUGGGAUGUUGGUGGACAGGAUAAAAUCAGACCUCUGUGGAGACAUUAUUUCCAGAAUACACAAGGUUUGAUAUUUGUUGUAGACAGUAACGAUAGGGAACGAGUAGGUGAGGCAAAAGACGAGUUGCAAAGAAUGGUGUCUGAAGACGAACUUCGAGAUGCAAUUUUACUUGUGUUCGCUAACAAACAGGAUUUACCAAAUGCUAUGAAUGCAGCCGAGAUAACAGAUAAACUAGGUCUACACAGUUUACGUGCUAGAAACUGGUACAUUCAGGCAACGUGCGCUACAAGUGGGGAUGGUCUUUACGAAGGUCUUGACUGGCUGUCAAACCAACUGAAAAAUACUAAAUGAUCAUUUCACAUUGACUGUAGAUAUAUGUUUAAUACCUGUGUACAUUUUGGUAAUGACAGCAUAGAUUAUCGUAAGUCAGUGACAUUGUAGGCAGAAGAAAUGGAAUUGGUAAUUUGCACAGUCUUUAUCAUUUAAAAGAUAAAGACUUUUACAAAAAUUAGUGCAAAAAAGAAGUAGAAAUACAGCCAGACAAUUAAAUAUUAUUUCAAACGUAUUAAUUGUAACUAUAUUUUUGGAUUGACCAAAAUCAAAACCUAUCUCAGCACAAGCUGUAUGGCUGUUUUAGCUUGACUUUUCAAAGAAAAAGUAGAGUUUUACGCUCACCCCAGCGUUGGCGUUUGCAUCGCCAUUGUUUGUUUUUGAUAAAGUCAAAUAUCUCUGAUACUAUCAAAGCUAUUGACUUGAAACUUAAUAUAGAUAUUUACUAUCAAAGUCUGCACAAUGAGAAACAAUCCCCAUCACUCUGAUGUAAAUUUUGACAAAGUUAUGCCCCUUUUUGACUUAGAAUUUUCGGUUAAGUUUUUGAUGAAGUCAAAUAUCUCUGUUACUAUCAAAGCUAUUGACUUAAAACUUGAAAUUAUUAUUAACUAUUAAAGUCUACACCAGGAAAUACAAUUCCCAUAACUCUGAUUGAAUUUUGACAGAGUUAUGCUCCUUUUAACUUAGAAUUUUUGGUUAAAGUUUUUUAUUGUCAAAUAUCUCGGUUGCUAUCAAAGCUAUUGACUUGAACCUAAAAUAGUUUUUUACUAUCAAAGUCUACACUAGGAGAAACAAUUCCCCUAACUCUGAUUUAAAUUUUGACAAAGUUUUGCCCCUUUUUAAAUUAGAUUUUUUUAUUAAACUUUUUAUAGAUAUUUUACUAGCAAAGCUGUCAUUCAGAGUCAAGCACGAAGAAAAGUCGAGCGCACUCUUACAGACAGCUCUUGUUUUUUCAGCAUUCAGCAGCUUGAUAAAAUCUACAUUAGUGUUUAAAGAUUUUACUGGGUUCGUUAAAUGGUUUGCUGUUAAUAGUGAUUUAUGAAUAUAAACUUCUUUCACACUUAACUAAUUCAUAUACGUCGUCCAUAGUUUCAAAUGUUUUGUAAAAAUUGAGCAAGAAUUUUCAAUGUCGGUGGAGCUGUAAGCCAAUUAGAUAUACUGUAAAAGCAGAAAUUUUUGCGAGGAUUUGAAUUUGCUAUAUUCGUUAGGCCCUCCCUACAUCUUGUGAAAAUUUAUCAUUGCACACAUUUUUAGUAUUAUUCAAAUUCAAGUAGGAUAUCAUUUUUACAAUUUUGUGAAUAUUACAUCUGGUGAACAUACUCAAAAUUUCAAAUUCAUAAAGUUUAUCCAGCGAAAAUAUGUGCUUUUACAGUAGUUGUGUAGUUCAGAAGGUUCUUUUUCAUUGAAUGCGAGGUUAUUCUUGAUUGUUCUUGAAUUUUAUAUAUAAAAUGUAUAUUGUACUUUCCUUGUUAAACAAUUAUUGUGGGAAUACUUAAAAGCCUGUUCGAAUUUUUGUAUGUUUACAUUACUUUCGUUAAAGUAUUUAAUGAAGUCUUAACUCGGUUACCGAUACUCAUAUGAAAGUACAUACAAUGAGAAAUAUUUUUGGGUUUUAAGCAAAAUGCAAAAUGUACGCUUUCUAGUUUAUUAAUAACCUGUCAAAUAAUACAGUUCUGUAUCAAGUCUGUACUAAGUGUUAUCAUUUUGCCAUCUUGCCAUUCUAAGUAAAUUUAUGUUUAUUAGUAGUCAGCUUUUUCUACCUUACAUUAAGGUGAUCAAACAAUGAUCAGACAGGUUGGCUUUUUCUCUUUUCAUAAACUUUCACUUCGUGAAUUGUUUUAAGGGGUUGAAAUUAAAUCUUCUAAUAGGUAAUGCCGUCUGUGUGUUUUACUAAAGUUACAAAUAAUUGGUCCUUCUUCCUCAGAAAGAUUACUAGUACAUCCUUUAGACAUAAAUUCAUUCAGAAUGGCUGACUAAUCUAAUUGAUGCAUUCCAGAUUUAAUGUUAUAAUUAAAGAUGAAACUCGAUAUCUCGAACUCGCUUAUCUAAAAGAUGUCUUAAUUUAAAGUCGAAUUUCGGUUAUCUCGAAGUAAAAUGUUCGAUCCCGUGGAAGUCGAGAUACCGAGUCUCAACUGCACUGCUUGCUGACAUAUAGUUAUGUCCAUUUGAAUGUUCUAUAUCCUCAGUGUGAAACUAAGCAGUUGCCAUUUAAUCAUGAACAAAUUAUGGUUAAAACUUUUGUAAUUUAUUUGCUUGUGUUUUAGGUAUUAUGUAAAGAAAAAUAGUUUUCUGGGUUUCUUUUCUGUGGUAUCAAAUACAGAUUGGAUCAAGAGAACCUAUAUAAUGACAUUAUCCACUCAGGCACAAUGCUGUUGAUGCAUUAAAAUUACAUUUCAUCAUUAGGCAAUGUGUCAACAUCUUAUCGUUUUAGCUUUGUACGAGACGAAAAAGUUCUGCACACUUUAUUUAUAAUCAAAUAACAUUUCGAUAACCUUGGCAACUUCAUAAUGCAUUCAUUGGAUAAAACUAUAAUUAGGACGCAACCGUAUGAAGUAAAAAAUAAUCAGAAUUUAUUCAAAAGUUUGAAAAGUCUUUGCCAUCACAUGCACUAUGGUUUGGGUUUCAAAAGAUGUAUGACGUUCAGUUGUGUGGAUACGGGAGGCAUAUGCAAAAAUCAGUCUCAAACAGAAAUUGCUGGCCAUUUGCAUACUCGGUAAUGUUGUGCUGAAAGUUAACAUUACAUGCAUUUUAUGCUAGAUGCAAACAACUAAUUCAUUUUACUGUCAGAUCAUGCAAGAACUGAGUACUAGUAUUUGAACUUGUUGCAUGUCAGAUGACAAUGCUUAAGUCUUAGCAGACUGGCUGUUCUUAAGUCGUGCACAGUUGUUACUGUAGUUUGAAAAACGAAGAAAUAAUGAUUCGAUGUUUAAUUAGCUAUUGUAAUUGCUACAAAAGCUAUUAAUGGACCGUGUAAAGAUUCUUUUGAUAACCUAAGUUAUCUUCCUGUUUGGAAAUUUAAAUCGUUUACAUGAAGAAUCGAAAGAAUAUCCUAUAAACGUAAUAAAGUCUUAUAAGAAGAUUCUUUCGAAGCAUAGAAUGCUAACAAGCAAUAUUAUAGCAAGACUCGGUUUGAUUAAUUCUGUUCUGCAACACUUCUCAUACUCUGAAACAUCAGUUGAAAUGGAACACAAUCGAUACAAAAUAACAGGUAUUAGGGAAUGGACUCCAUAACUCCAAAGGACCAAAAAAUAAACAACAUCCAAGUCCAGGUACGGGGAUGCUUUAAAGGCCAUCACACGGUCAUCUAAAGACUGCUGUAUGGAAAUAUUUUUAUACACUCUGCGAGAUCCUUUUGAAGCAUAGCAACAAAGCAGACCAAGCAGAUUCUGUUACAUGUGCUUAUGAUGGUUAUACAAUGGUUUAAACUACCUAUUUCUUUUGAAAACGUGCAAGACCGAUGCACACUUUGGGAUGGAUCUGCAUCAUUUUGCAGUUUCUUCUCAUUGCUCCCUAUUUGUCUUUAUAUCCAGAUUACUAAAAACCUCUGUAGAGCAACACCCUUUGGGAGAUACAAAAUUGACUGUUAUGUAGUUGUUGUUCUGGAGAGGUAAAUUCGAUAGUAUUUUCAGCUUAGGGCAAUUUUGAUGAUGAUGUUACAGAGGGUUUUGCAUAGCAUAGGCCGCUUUUGAGAGGUCGUAUUGUACUGUCCAUUUAAUUUAUUUAUAUGAUAACCCUAAUUUUAUUGAUCUAUCUGCGCAUUUCUUAUAUACAAUAUAUUAAAAUGUGCAGAACAUUUUUGUCGACUUUAUUUUAAAUAACAAAAAAUACAAAGAUCUGAAGUAAUACUUUGUUUGAUACUUCAAACUUUUUGCAUUUUAGGCUUUCCUGGAAGUACUUUCAAUAUAUUCACCCCUGAAAUGUUUGCAAAUAAAGAGUUUAUACAGUUUGAAUAAAAGAAUCUGUCGACUUCGUCGUAGAAUAUUCGUUACUUGAAUUACGCAAGCAUUUUUUAAUUCAAAGGUAUUGGUGCUUCUGUAGCCUAGUGGUUAAGGUCUCUGACAUCAAAUCUCUUACCCAUCACCACAUCGGGUUCAAAACCUCGAGUAAGGUAAAUUUAUGCGGGGAAACCAUUCAUCUGGCUUAGUGAUGAAGGAUGGUUCCACACACUGGUGUCCACUGCUGCCUGAAAUAAUGCCUGGAGGUUCUUCCUCUUUUCAAAAGCCUUUUCCGUAUAGAGGAAGAAGUGCGUGUUGGCUCCAAAGUUCUGUUCUAUAUUAUUUUUUCUGUUUAACAUUUAUAUAAAAGCUCUUGUAAAACAAUAAAUUUUAAUGAAUGUAA